AAGAAGAACUGUUGAAGAAGAAACCCUAAAUUUUGCUGUCAUGCUGUUUGUGAGACCCGUCCUUACGCAGUAUUAUCGCCGAGGAAAAUCACUUGGUCGUCGUGAUUUCUCUUCGCCGCAUAGUUUCUACAAUAAUGUUGACGUUGUGCUGAAGUCGGGAAUCAAUGUGAUUAAGGGUAUGUUUAACACCUCUGUUGGACUGGGUCUUGGAACUGGUUUGGGUUACCUAAUCAUGGGCAGCAGUAAUUCAUCAGAAUAUGCUCAGCAAGUUGAAGAGGACUGGGAGAGAAGGAAGCUGGAGCUAGAGGAGUCUGAAGCAAACUUGGAGCGCUUGCAAAAAAAGUAUGGAGUCAAAUUAACGAGAUGUCUAAUAAGUUAAAAACUUUGUUAUCAAAUACUAUGACUCUGUAAUAAAUAAUUAAAUCCUUUCUAAACCUUGAUAUGUGAUGGCGUCUUUCAUAUAAGGUGGUUUUUUUUUUGGUUCUAUA